AUGCCAAGGACAGUUGAAGUAAAAUCAGUUUCAGAAAUGCCUCCUCGUCAACUUUCUUGCGGCUUGGACUUUUGCAGUGUGCCAGAUAUACGAUCAAGUCUUACAGUAGCUUCAGAAGCAGGGUACAAUUUUGUGUGUUUCCCAAUUGUUCAUCCAAGAUUCAAGAGAGAAUUUAUCGGGGGUAAAUGCAAAGGUCGAGACGGCCCAUUCACAAGAUCUGACCUUAUUCUACCUGGUUCUGACUGGAAUACAUUGAUAGUGGGUAAGAUAUCGUCAUACAUAGAUGUUGAUUGCUUAGUCCCAGCUCAGAGGAAGCAGUAUGAAGCAGCCUUCAUUCAGGAGCUGCAGUAUGCUAGUCAUUUAUGCUUGCCAGCUGUGAUGGUUUCUCUACAUGGAUUGAACAUAACAAAUCUUGCCCGAUUACUCAAUAAUAAAAUUCAAUCUAAUUGUUCCUACCAGAUAUGGGUCCAUGUUCCUAUGGAAUGUCCAUCUGUUGGUUCAAAAAAUUACUAUUUAAAUGAAAACGAUGAUUCAGAAAAAGAGGAUGUUUUAAAACCUUGCACAUGGAAUUGGUGGAGAAAGUUUCAUUCUCUAGCUAAUUGGGAAUCGAAACUAGGACUUGCUUUGGAGAUUACCAGUGACAUUCCAACAGAGGAGGAAAUAAUACGUUGGAUGGGAGAACCUAUUAAAUGCAUAUUAAUUUCAACUGCAGUGUUCAUUACAAAUAAGAGUGGGUAUCCUGUGCUGUCUAGAGCUCAUCAAGCACUUGUCAAAACCUUGGCUUCCCUUGAUGUGCAAGUUGUUAUCAAAGGAGCCAUAAGGCAUGGUCAGAUUAAGUACUACCAACAGUAUUUAGAACAUUUGUGGCAGAAUCCACUUCAUUCUGACCCCCUCCAAGCGUUUGCUAGAGGUUAUGAGGAUUAUUUGCAGUGCCCUCUGCAGCCUCUAAUGGAUAAUCUUGAAUCUCAGACUUACGAAGUAUUUGAGAAAGAUCCAGUGAAAUACAAUGAAUAUCAACGAGCAAUCUAUUGUGCUUUAUUGGAUCACCAUCAUUUGGACCUUUUGAUUGUGCAUGUCUUAGUGGUAAUGGUUGUUGGUGCAGGAAGAGGCCCAUUAGUACGUGCAUCCCUCAAUGCAGCUCAAAAGGCAGAUAGAAAAAUACGAAUUUAUGCUGUGGAAAAAAAUCCUAAUGCUGUUGUUACGCUUCAGGCUCAGCAGAAAGAAGUGUGGGGAGAUCAGGUUACUGUUGUGUCAUGUGAUAUGAGGGAUUGGAAAGCUCCAGAGAAAGCGGAUAUUUUAGUUUCUGAAUUAUUGGGAUCAUUUGGUGACAAUGAACUCUCUCCAGAAUGUCUUGAUGGAGCUCAGUCAUUUUUAAAAGAUGAUGGCAUCAGCAUUCCAUGCAGCUAUACUUCGUAUUUGUGCCCUGUGCAAUCUUCUAAACUCUACUCUGAAGUUCGUCUUUGCAAAGAAAAAGACAAACAUCCUUUGCAUCCUUUUGAAUCUCCUUAUGUAGUGCAUCUGCAGAAUAAGUUCCAAUUGUCUCCUCCUCAAACACUCUUUUCAUUCCAUCAUCCAAAUCGUGAUGAAAUAAUUGAUAAUACUCGUUAUGAAUGCCGCUCAUACAAAGUUAAUCAAGAUGCUGUACUUCAUGGCUUUUCUGGAUAUUUUGAAACUGUUCUUUACAAGAACAUCACGCUCAGUAUUUUACCAGAAACUUAUACAAAAGGAAUGUUCAGUUGGUUUCCUAUCUUUUUCCCAAUCCGGGAACCAGUCCAUGUUAAGGGUGGUGAUACUUUAGAAGUACACUUUUGGCGUUGCAUCAGCAAGAAAGGCGUAUGGUACGAAUGGUGUGUGACUCAGCCUGUGCCUGGACCUAUUCACAAUCCAAAUGGUCGCUCAUAUAUAAUAGGAUUGUAAAUACAACUGUAAAUGUACUGUAAGUGCAACACAUUGCCAAUUUUUCCAAAAGACAUUGAAAAUAUCCAUAUUUUAAUUUUUUGAGUUAACUGGUAAGAUUUCGCUCCACUAUAUUUUUAUGAAAUUGAAGUUUGCAAUCUCUUUUGCAGGAACUUUUUGUUAUUUUUUGUUCUGUCUUUUAAUUUUGCAAUGUUUCUUUUUCCAAUACAAUUAACUUUGUUGCCUUGGAGCCAAUUGCUAUUUUUUUUAUCCUCGUAAUUAUUUUUCUGGUCUUUGGGUAUAGUUACCAUAUUUACUCAAUGUGUGUCAAACUCCUCUUGCAGUUGUAUCCUCCAAACAUUUUUUAAUGUUUCUUCACUGACUAAUGGAUUUCUUGUAUUUAUGUGUCAGUGUCUUAAUUGUCUUGUAUCAAUAUAGAUGGUAUACCUUAAUAUCAAUAUGCAUAACAUUUGGAUGUCCUGUUUAGAUGCCUCAUGUUAUUAUGUUCUAUUGAUGGUACACUAUUUUGUUGUUUAUAUUGUUAAAUGUGUUCAAUGGAACUUGAUGUGCAUGUUAUGCUUCUCUAUAUUGGUGUUUGAAGAAAAAAAGUAACAAAGUGGAUGUCAUUCUACUGUUUUAAAAAGAUCUUGAUAAGAUUACAGUAAAAAUACAUGAGAAAUAAGUGAGUAAGUAUGGUAACAGGUACAUUUUGUUUUUACAAAAACAUAUUCCAGGAAUUGCAGAAGUCUUUGCAUUUCAACAAUUAACAUAAAUAAAAUUUACCACAAAAGGGGUUUAGUAUAAAAUAAUUUUUAAAUAAGUGGAAAUACUGAAAUCAACUUUGUAGAGCUCUCUUAAAUGUAUUCUGCUAUUAUUGUGGCACAAUAAAAUUAUUUGAAACUGCUUCAUGAAAUAUAUCAACAGUAUUUAAAUUUCUUCCUUGUUACGUAAAAUUUUAUUGUAUUUAAAAUUGUAUUAUAUUGAAAGGCAUGCAGCUAAUAAACUGAUUUGUGUAAAAUCUGAAGUAAUGUAAUAAAAUCCUUUCCUAUCCUUUUUGAACUGAAUAAAAUGAAAUUUAGUUGAAACAUGUUCAUGACAUUCUUCGUAUCAGCUAUAGAAUAAGGUUAAAAAAAUAAGUGUUUUAUAAAUUUCCAUGGGAAGGUGACCACUGCAGUUUUAAGAACUAAACUAAUUUCAAUUUUGUGAGACACCAGACCUGUAGCCAUUACUGGUUGAGAGAUUACUACCAACUAUUCCAUGAGGUAGAGAGGUCCAAUUUGAGCUGCCCGAAUUUUGGGUUAGCAAAUGCAGUAGCAUUAAAUUGAGAAAAGCAAUCAACAGGCAGUUGUUCACGAGGAAGUGUGAAUGAGUUCUGCUGCAGGUUGUCAUAUUGAAUAAGAUAUGUUUUGGGGCAAAUUCAUGCACAAAAUUUAAAAUGUGGAUAUUGUAUAUACAAUGUUGAAGGCAUAUGAAAAAAAAUUGCACAAUAUUAUUAAUAUUAAUUCUCUUGUAAUAUUACUUUAUUUU